AUGUCCAAAACCUCCCCACAGCCGCAGUCGCAGACGGCCGCAGUCAUGACCUCGAAACCCGGAAAGGAUCUAAAUCCCACCCUCCAGCGAUUCCGAGAACUCCUCGCACAGCCAGUCCUUGCUUCCUUCGUUGCCGGUGGAGUGGCUGGCGCCGUCUCCCGCACCGUCGUAUCGCCCCUCGAGCGCCUCAAGAUUCUAUUUCAGGUUCAGAGCGUCGGCCGGAAUGAGUACAAGAUGUCGGUACCGAAAGCGCUGGCCAAGAUGUGGAGAGAAGAGGGUUGGAGGGGCUUCAUGGCUGGCAAUGGAACCAACUGCAUACGAAUCGUGCCCUAUUCUGCCGUACAGUUCAGCGCAUACAACGUCUACAAACGUUUCUUCGAAAGCGAGCCAGGCGCACCACUUGGCGCAUAUCAACGGUUACUCUGCGGCGGUCUCGCUGGCAUCACCUCCGUAACCUUCACAUACCCUCUCGACAUCGUCCGGACACGGUUAUCCAUCCAAUCCGCAUCGUUUGCAAGUCUCAAGAAGGAAACUGGCCAGAAGCUACCGGGCAUGUGGUCACUCCUCACUACCAUGUACAAGACCGAGGGCGGUUUCCCUGCUCUCUAUCGCGGUAUCAUCCCUACCGUGGCAGGCGUAGCACCUUACGUUGGCCUCAACUUCAUGGUGUACGAGAUGGCCAGGACGCAGUUCACACCCGAAGGUCAAAAAGACCCAGGCGCUAUUGGCAAACUGGGAGCAGGCGCCGUCUCCGGUGCCGUAGCGCAGACCAUCACAUACCCGUUCGACGUCCUGCGGCGGAGAUUCCAGGUCAACACCAUGAGUGGCAUGGGAUACCAGUACGCUGGUGUUGGCGACGCCAUUCGCUCCAUUGUCAAGACGGAGGGCGUCCGAGGCCUAUACAAGGGUAUUGUGCCCAACCUACUCAAGGUUGCACCGAGCAUGGCGAGUAGCUGGCUCAGCUUCGAAAUGACGCGGGACAUGCUCAUGGGCAAGUGGAAUUCUGGUUUCUUAUAG